AUGUCGCCGCUGGCAGCACUCGUCCUGGGCACUUUGUGCACAUACGCUCGCAGCUGGGAAUGUCCUGCAGGUUUUGCGGGUCCGGAAGAGUGCCUUGGCAAAGAGAACGCAGGCAAGUGUGACCUGCAACAGCCGACCAACAUUGAGAUCGACACUUCCGAUGACUUGACCUGCAAGAAUCCCAAUGCCAAGAUUGUAGAGUUUGAGAGCGACGUGGGCUCUGGCAGCUAUUUCAAGGGCUGCGGGGUGAACAAAGCUGGCUUGACUGACAGCUGCUGCAAUUGCUGGCCACUAUCAGAGGCCCUGGGUGUUUCAUCCACCAACACCCAGGAGAACAAGUGUAUUGCUUGCAGCAGCCAUGACAACAAAUGCUGCAAGCGGCUGCUUUGCUGGUUUGGAAAUUGUAUCUAUCAAGCUGGCUGCGGUGGUGGAGGGUGCAAACCCGCGAACUGA